AUGAAGUUCUCCGCCACCGCCCUCCUCACGGCCGUCCUCGCCUCGACGGCCGCUGCUGCCCCCGCCACCUCGGAGGUCAAGUCCAUGUCCACGGCAGCCACCUGGACCAUCACCGACUUCAAGCGCGUCUGCAACGAGGCCGACACGUCUUGCGACUGGUCGUUCGGCAUCAAGGACGCCGACAAGAUCACCAAGUGCGCCUACACCGUCAAGAAGACGGGAGACGCCCCCGCCAGCCGCACCUCGCAGACCGGCGUCGCCUGCGGUGCCUACAGCGUCACCUCGGCCUGGAGCGGCCAGUUCGGCGAGGGCCAGGGCUUCACCACUCUCAGCGUCGUCGACUACGCCGCCAAGACGAUCGCCUGGCCGGCCUACACUGACAACCAGCUCGCUGCCGGAACGGUUGUCAAGCCUGACCAGAGCUACCCUGUCCAGGCUCUCCCUUAA